AUGGACACGCAAAGGGAGGCUACCGGCGCCGUGCUCCUGUGCAUAAUCGCCUGGAUAAUAGGCGUGCUUUCAGCGCCUAUCGUCACAGACGCAUCAGAAGUAUGGAGACGCGUCAUCCGUCGUGCGAUAAUCGAUGUCAAAAACGCCUUAAAAAGACGACGUGCGGACAAGAAAGAAGCCCAAAGCGAGGAGGACGAGGAUGAGGACACAGAAGUGAAACUAGUGCUCUGCGUUAGAACGGACCUCGACAUGGGAAAGGGCAAAAUAGCUGCCCAGUGCGGACACGCAUCCUUGGGCGCCUACCUGGAAUCCAUAGAGCAGAACAACCCAUACCUUGACCAAUGGCUGGCAAAUGGCCAAAAGAAGGUCGUUCUCAAGCUCCAGAGCAGCGAAGAAAUGAUGACGCUGAGGCGCAGCGCCAAAGCCGCCGACGUCAACUAUCACAUCACAUGUGACGCGGGGAGGACGCAGAUACCGUCGGGAUCGUACACCGUCAUUGCCAUCGGACCAGCGCCCGAAGGCGUAGUGAACAAGAUUACGGGACACCUUAAACUGCUCUAA